AUGGACUUCUUUUUAGAGGUUGUAAGUUCUAUUCCUGAUUUGGACAUAGAUAGAGUAUCUUGGAUACGAAAAAGAGAUCUGCACAUUUUGACAGCAGGAAUAUAUACUUAUACAUCUGAUCAGAGAUUUCAGGUCAUCCGACCGGAAAAAUCAGAGAAUUGGACUCUGCAAAUAAAAUUUCCUCAACAGAGGGAUGCUGGCAUCUACGAGUGUCAAGUCAACACGGAGCCAAAAAUGUCCAUCGCAUUCAGACUCAACGUGAUAGAAGCAAAAGCUAGAAUUCUCGGUCCAACGGAUUUAUACGUUAAAACGGGCAGUGCAGUUACACUCACAUGUGUCAUAAGCCAAGGUCCUCAUGAUUUAGGAACAAUGUACUGGUACAGAGGUCCUAAUAUAAUAGAAGAAACUGUUCCACAUCCGAACGAUCUUGAUACUACCGCUCGGGUAAGCGUUACCACUGAAUGGACGGACGGCUUGACAUCGAGACUCGUUAUUUCCAGGGCGCAAGCGUCUGAUUCAGGAAACUAUAGCUGUAUACCGACAAUAGCUGCGCCAGCCAGCGUUAAUGUACACGUCAUUAACGGAGAACAUCCUGCAGCGAUGCAGCAUGGCAAUAAGAGUGCCGCUUCGCCGACGCUCGCAUUGUCGCUGUCUUUAUCCCUGCACUGUGCACUGGCGUUGCUCUGUUCGCAUUUCGGCAGCUCCACCAGUACCAAUUGGAGAUGA